UGAUUAGCUUUCACGGGAAUAGUUACGUGUAUUUUCGAAGAUACGGUACCUGUCUACGAUCUACAGCGGACAUGGACGAGCAUAGGAGGGGAUGAUUAGAAAAAACCCGAAAAGUGACAAAUCAGAGGGAAUUCUAGGGCUAUUUUAGAGAAGACCAUGACGAGAAAAUGAAGAAAGGACAUUUUACAUAACAAGGGAUGAAAUGAAUAAGUACAUAUUGCUGAUUUGGGGAUUUUAUGGACGUCGUUAUGAGCAGUUGAUGACUUUCACCUAUCCGCCAUUUUGGAUUUGUUGAAUACCACGAUCAUGAUAUUAUGACCGAACGCAGAGGGCAGCAACACAUGGUCGUCUUUCUGACUUAAUGCAGACAUGAAUGAGAGUGAAACCACUAGACUGAUUGAGGAUUACUGCAUACACAGGAUACGAAGGGAGAGCAUCGAACUUCCAUCUUACCAACAUGUAAGCAGAGAGCCUUAUGCUCCUGUCGCAGCAAGAAUGAGAGAAAUAGGUGAAGAAAUCGAGAGAACAAAUCCAGAGUUUUUUUCCGGCUGUUGUGAGGAACUGAACAUCAGUGCGACUACCGCCUACGCCAAAUUCAAGGACCUGGCCGACGAGCUUUUCAAGGAUCAAGAAAACGGUUCAAGAGGUGUAACGUGGGGGAGGAUAGCAGCUUUGAUAGCAUUCAGUGGUCGGCUCUCUGUACAUUGUGCUAGUAAUAACUUAGAAGACUUAGUCCCCAGUAUUAUAGGCUGGACGUCCAGAUAUGUGGACACUAAAUUAUUACCCUGGAUGCAAGACCAUCAGAACUGGGAUGGGUUCAUGGAAUUUUUUGAGGAGAACGGCAAGGUCCGGGCGAGGGAAACCGUCUCGUCCAUCAUGUCGUCGGCGUGCCGCUUCGCAGUUUUCGGCGCGGGACUCGCAGCCCUGGCGUGCCUCCUCAGAAGGAUCCAAAAGGAUGGCUUCAUGGAUUUCUUUGAUCGGAACCAAGCAGCUGAACGAGCUCAAGAAUCCUUGUCGAAAUUUGUGAGGACUGCAUGCGGCUAUGCUGUCGUCGGGGCCGGGAUCGCAGCACUUGGGAUGUUCCUGCGCAGGUGAAAAAAGGACACCGAAGGUCGCUUGAAAGCAUUUGUGGUGCAACAGCGUCUAAAGCGUGACUCGUGAAUAUCCCCGUGCUGCGGAAUGCCUCUCUAUAAUUUCCAGUCUGUGGUUUGUGUUAGUGAUCGCAGUGUCUGCUGGUGUCCCGUUAGUCGAGGUCCGACCCUGAGCGCCGACGACGUCUGAUCCCGAUCGCCGAGCGGAGAAAUCCACCGCCAUCUACAAGUGUGAAGAAAUCACCUGCAUGCCUUGCUACGCUAUUAAACACGAAAGCGAAAGGAUUUGUGAUUUCUGCAAACUCUGCACCGUUGUCUCUACGUCAGUCACCGCUUCAAGUUCUGUUUACAGUGAAGCUGAGUCUUCAAGCACUUCUGGCUGCAUCCGCGUCACUUCAUCGGUUGAAACCAGUACAGCAUGACUUGCGCGUGUAAAAACUGAUUCUCAAUAUGUCAUUGUAAUGCUAUCACCAUUGCCAUUCCAUCAUAUAAAUAUAUGUAUUAAUAGGAGCAUUAUUAUGGUGCUUUUGUCAAAUAGAAAAUGGCCGCUGUAAUCCCAAGUUCCUGUCCCCUCUACAGAGAGCGCAACCAUUAAUCAUUUUUGCUCCCGAUUAUUUCCUAUUCCAAUAUGUCUUCAUCCAUUCAGGCUCAAAGACAUUGAGAGUGUAGGAUCUUAAGCUUGUACCCCAAAUGCCAAAUUCAAUUAUAUAUUGGACCUUUAAUGAAAAGCAGUCCUAACAAAUGAUGGUCCUUGUGAGUCACCUUGUCCAAAGUCUGUGCCAUGUGUUUUGUCCAGAAUCCCUCAAUAAGAUGCUUUGCAUCUUUUUCAUUGCAGCUUUCCCUUGUCUCCCCAUUGUCUUGUCAAGGAUGUUCUGUGAGGAUUAGAAAUGAACACCUGUUUGCAGGAUUCCUGCAGGAAAGAUGGGGCUCUGACUUUCGACAAGGUGGCUAAACGUUGGUCUUUACGAAACAUGAGCUUCGCCCCUAGAUAGUCGACCUAUUUAAGUCAAUUUUUAGUAGCAAUUUGUGUUUGGACUACAUGUGUUUAGUUAGAGCAAGUAGUGUGUACAGUAGAUAGAAAUACGCCAGGAAAUAGAAAAUAUUUCAUUUUUUUACCCAUGUGAGAAAUAUUGACAAAAUAGAAAUAUAUGACCCUUUUUCAUAUGUCCAUGAGGAAAAUAAGAAAGAAAAUGAAAUCUUUUCUGUACAUAAAAUUUAUUUACCAGUAGGUAUGUUGAUUUCUGUAAUGGUAGAAAACAAAUACCUCUUUUCAAGUGCAAUGUUACGUAGGUUAAUCAUUAAAGAGAGGGAAAAAAUAAGAUUAAAAAAAAGAAAAGUAAAAAAAAAAUGGUAAGCUAUUAUGAAGGAUUCAUAAUUUCUGCCCUUAUUGGUUAGCUGUGACAGCUAACGUUUUAUAUCGGUGUACAUGUGGCAGAGUAAGGUGCUAAUCUCAAUGAAACUGUCAAACCUUAUAUUGUCAGUAGAGCCAUGAAAAGUUCCUAUACA